GUUUUGCCGUUUCACUCUGCUGGCCCCUUGCAUUUGCGCUCUCUUCCUCGCACGCCUUGUUUGGUGAAUAGAACCCGCAGAAUCAAAGCUCCAAGCAUGGCGGCGAGCGAGCGCACCGUGUUGCAGUUCUCUUCCUCUUCGCAGAGUUUGUCUGCGAAGGUUCACCCUCUGGUCAUCUUCAACAUCUGCGACUGCUAUGUCCGACGUCCGGACCAAGCGGAGCGCGUCAUCGGAACUCUCCUGGGCUCUGUUUUGCCCGAUGGAACCGUUGAUAUCCGUAAUUCUUAUGCUGUUCCCCACAAUGAGUCACUGGGACAGGUUGCUUUGGAUAUUGAGUACCACCACAAUAUGUUGAUAUCCCACCAAAAAGUCAAUCCAAAGGAAGUCAUAGUUGGGUGGUACUCAACUGGUCUUGGAGUGAAUGGGGGUAGUGCAUUAAUCCAUGAAUUUUAUUCUAGAGAAGUGCCCAAUCCUAUUCAUUUGACAGUUGAUACGGGAUUCACAAAUGGAGAGGGAACCAUAAAAGCAUAUGUAUCGCACAAUUUAUCUCUUGGAGAUUGGCAAAUUGCUGCUCAGUUUCAAGAAAUUCCUCUGGAUCUUCGCAUGGUUGAAGCUGAGCGAAUUGGAUUUGAUACUUUGAAGGCAACUACUGUUGACAAAAUCCCAAACGAUUUGGAAGGGAUGGAAACAUCAAUGGAACGUCUGCUAGCCUUGAUUGAUGACAUCUACAAAUAUGUCGAUGAUGUUGUGGAAGGGCGUGUUGUGCCAGACAACAAUGUCGGGAGGUUUAUAUCUAAUGCUGUAGGUUCCCUUCUCAAAUUGCCUCCUUCAGCUUUUGACAAGCUUGUGAACGAUAGUUUGCAGGAUCAUUUGCUUUUGCUCUAUUUAUCAAGUAUCACAAGGACACAACUGAGCUUGGCCGAGAAAUUGAACACAGCUGCUCAGAUUCUGUGAUUCCUUUGUCAAUCGUCGUGCCAAGGCAAUUUUGCCCGUGGAAGUGCCUUUUGUCUUAUUUACUGAAACACGUCAAAUCUGUUUUUUUCCUCUUUAAUUUUGUAGUUUUUUUUUUGCUUUUGUAUUUUUUUUUUUGCAGUUGAGAUUCAUAGGUUCUUAAUUAUAUCCAAAUUACAGUUUAGCGAUUCACCCGUAUUGUAAUCUGUCGUCUGCUAAAGAAAUCUAGCCAGAUCUUUUCAACACUACCUGGCACCAUUAUUUUCCCCUCGAGUAAUGGCAGUGUUUAUUUACCUGGUCA